ACGGGCAGAGGGAGUCUUCAGGACAGGACUCAACUAGGCAGAGCUGGUCAGGGAAACACUGAAGAUCUACUGAGGGGAGAAAAAAGUGGGCUAUGUUGCAGCUAGGAUCUUGUUUAUGGACAUUGUGGGAAGGCUGCUGAUACAGUCCCGAGGGCUUGUAGGUAUUUUCAAUCUGAAAGGUUGAGGUUGCCUCAUCACCGCAGUAUUUUUAGAUCACUUCUGAAAAGGAAUACAAAAAUGUCGUCUCCAAGUCCGGGCAAGAGACGAAUGGAUACCGACGUGGUGAAACUCAUUGAAAGCAAGCAUGAGGUCACCAUCCUCAGCGGACUCAAUGAGUUUGUGGUGAAGUUCCACGGACCACCUGGAACGGCGUAUGAAGGAGGCGUGUGGAAAGUCAGAGUGGACCUACCAGAUAAAUACCCCUUCAAAUCACCAUCAAUAGGAUUCAUGAACAAAAUCUUUCAUCCCAACAUUGAUGAAGCGUCGGGAACCGUGUGUUUAGAUGUCAUCAACCAGACGUGGACAGCUCUCUAUGACCUCACCAACAUCUUUGAGUCGUUCCUCCCUCAGCUGCUCGCCUACCCCAACCCUAUCGACCCUCUGAACGGUGAUGCAGCUGCCAUGUACCUGCACCGGCCAGAGGAUUAUAAACACAAGAUCAAAGAGUACAUCCAGAAGUACGCCACAGAGGAGGCUCUUAAGGAGCAGGAGGAAGGAGGUGGUGACUCCUCAUCUGAGAGCUCCAUGUCAGACUUCUCAGAGGACGAGGCUCAGGACAUGGAGUUGUAGUGAAGGGGGGGAGAUCCCGUCCCCUUCACCUCACAGCAGACUCUCAUUUCCUAAAGAGCAGAAACUCAGUACUAUAUUCAUAUUUAAACAAGACAAUUUUUUACAGCAACACAAGGAUUUUUAUUGCUACACAAGGAUUUGCAGUAUGAUAUUGCAGAAUAUUAACCCUUACUUAGGAAUUCACGACCACCUGCCCCAAGAGCCUGUAGAUCAGAAAGGAGUGCAUCAUUCAUUUCCAUGAUCUUUAGUGGCUUCAAUCGAGGCUUUCACACUGCUUGACAAGUCCAGCCUGAGCAGUGCCAACGCAGGAGGCAUGACGACAUGACAUACUGUAGUUUUGUAUUUUCUUCAUGUCUUUAUUCAAGCACUGCAGGAUGACAAUCCAUGAUUUCUGAGCGGUCUCAACUUCAAAAUAGCGUGGAUUUGCAUUUUUGUUGAACUGUCAGCUUUCUUUCUUUCUGUUUUUUGUGGGACACCGCCGGCCCGAGGAGUUGUCAUUACAACCAUCACUUCUGAGGAGUUGAACACCAGAAGGGCCACAGCACAGCUGUGUGUCUUUUUCGUGUGCAGACUGGCGUGGCUGCGGACGACCUCUCUGACAGGACUGCCCUCUGUUCAAACCUGCUGACACAUCACACACACAAACACACACCAUCGAACAACCAGUGCAUCAACCGUGAUGACGCCACAGCAUGUGCGUGUGUGCGCGCGUGCUCCUGUGUGCAUGCAUGAAUGUAAUCCAGGAAGAAUCAUGGCGUAUUGAUAACCCGUGUUGUACUGAAUCCUGAUGCUCAGCAGAAGAGAAGGUUCACAAUCCUGAUCCUUCUCCUCUCCAGCACCCCCCCCUCUCCGUUUUAGGAAAGUGUUUGUCAUUCUCUGAGUAUCUUUGUAUAUUGUGGCAUGACCCAGAAGUAAAGUUGUGUAGGGCUUUGUGGAGCUGUAACGCUGUAGACAUGGGGAGAACACCUGUGCACGGGGCCUCUGUGAGCCGGGUGGGGUUUAUCCAGGUCCUUGUUGAAUUGUUGAACUUUUAAACUUUGCCUAUUGCUUGUGUUGAACUAUAAUAGGUGUUUGACUUGCGUAGAGAUAGUUAGUUUCUUUUCUUUUUUUGCGGGUGGUGAAUCCUAUCAUAAUGUAUGGUUUAAUACUUAUAUACCACACUAGUUUAAAAGACUUUUUGUCCUGUAAAGAUGAGGAGAGUUAAUACAUCUUUGUCUGUGGGAUGAGUCUUUGUUGAAUCAAAUCCUCCAAAGACAUUUUGCACCCCUGCACCUCCCCCCACCCCUUCUUAUGCAAAUGUUUCCAUAAAAGAUCAUUUACAUUGUCAGACAGAAGUGCUCUUCAUUUCAGCCAUUCAACACUGUCACAUUUACGUUUUCAUGCCGUUGAUGGCCUGUUCUCCAAAUGGUGGGACCAAAAACUAAUAGAUCUGCAAGCUUAGUUUAUACAUCUCCACAUAAAAAAACAAAGGAAGCCCAUUCCUCCUCAGACUGGAAGAGUUUACACUGAGGUUAAGUGAGAAGACAAAUGCAUAAUGUUCCUCAGAGUGUGAAACUCUCAAGUGGCUAUCUCAGAUAAGGUCAAACUUAAAUUCAGGCCCAGGUUCCUUCUUCUGGACGGUUUAAAAGCUUGUGUCCUGGUUGUUUACCUCUUUUGGCGCCUGUGCAGAGGAGGCGUUAACAGAGCAGUGACGGUUUACUGUUAAAUUUCAUGAUGUUAGGCUGAUCUGCGUUUUAGAGCAGACGUGAAGCAGACUUAAUGCAUGUUUGUAACAUGCACUCAUCACAUCAGUUUAUAUUAUGUGUUAUUUCUGGAAGGAAACAAAAAUUAGAAUCAGCGUCAUAAUGGGCUUUUUCUUGUUUGGAGAAAAAUUUAUAAGAAUCGAAAAUUCAAUUAAUAAUCCCUUUCAUCAUCAUUUAAAAAAUUAUAUAAGGAUCUCUUCAGUUGUGUCUUGCAAGAGGGUUUACCUUUGAGAAUUAACAUAGAUUGGUAAAACUAGCAUGUUUUUUUGACAUGGCAUAAAAAGGUCAUCUCAUAAAUAGCUGAGUUAAAAUGGCUCUAAUUAGCCUUGAUUACCAAAUAUAUGUUGGUGUAGGUCUACUACAUGAUGUCACUGUCAGUUGUCAUUUGCAAGACUGUCCAGCCUUGUUUGUCAUUAUCUGGAUUCAUCAGUGUAUUAUGUAUGUAUUUUUUAUUAUUAAUGAGACAUAUAUUUGACGCCUAUAAUUAGUGUGAAUGUUUUUAUUUUUUAUCUUUUAAGCCCUAUGUCCAGGAUACAAGUCAAGAUAUCCCUGAUUUUUAAAAAAGCAAAAAAUUAAUAAAUGUGCUUCCCUUGUAACUUGAAGAAGGAAAUAAACAACAAAAAAAGUCA